AUGUUCCGCGCCCGCCGUUAUCGCGUCCUGCUCAUUUUCGCGGCAGUCGCUGUGCUGGCUACCCUUCAUUUCUCUCGCUCGAGAGAUUGGAGGCAAACGGCCAUCAUCGAUACACCGAGCGGAAGCCCGUCGGCGCAGGCGCCUGUUGCGAAUCCAAAUACCCCCCAACUACAAUCUCCUGCGGGCGAUUCCAGCAAAUCUCAACCUCCGCAGGCGCCCAACAGUCCCUUCCCAUCGGGGUCCGGAUCAAGUGCUCCCAAGGAUGCCCCCCCGAAAUCAUCGGAAGGCGGGGCCGCAGACAGCUCGAACAAAAUUGGAAGCGACAGCAAAACUGUUCCGGUCGUCACGGGCGACAUCAGCGUGGGGACUGAAGACAUUGACCGUGGCGGUGCCGGUCGGCUCACGGUCCAAGAACAUCCCGAUGGUCCUGCUGUGCAUUGGGUCAAGACCCCUGAGCGAUUCCCCGUUGCAGACGGGAGCCUGAUUAAGUUGCCCACUGCGCCCGCAAAACCGUUGCCCACCCUUCAGGCGAAAUUCAAGGACGAGUCCAGCACAGCCAGACAGGAGCGCCUGCAGCGGCUCAGUUCCAUCAAGGCCGAGUUCAACCAUGCGUGGGCCGGAUAUAAGAAAACUGCAAUGAGCCACGAUGAGGUGAAGCCUCUCUCGGAAGGGUUCGACGAUCCGUUCAAUGGCUGGGGAGCCACGCUCGUCGAUUCGCUGGACACGCUAUGGAUCAUGGAUUUGAAAACCGAAUUCUCCGAAGCCGUGGACGCGGUGAAGAAAAUCGACUUUACCACCUCUCCGCGAGAGGACAUUCCCGUCUUUGAAACUGUCAUUCGGUACCUCGGAGGAUUGCUGGGAGCCUAUGAUAUCUCAGGCCAAGGACACAGAGUCUUGCUGGAAAAGGCCGAAGAGUUGGCCGAGGUUCUCAUGGGUGCUUUCGACACGCCGAAUCGCAUGCCGGUGCUCUACUACCGAUGGACCCCUGAAUAUACUAAGCUUGCUCACCGCGCUGCGAGCAAGGCUGUGUUGGCCGAGCUGGGGUCUCUAUCACUGGAAUUCACCCGUCUCGCUCAAUUAACGAAGAAGAAUAAAUACUAUGAUGCGGUUGCGCGUAUCACCAAUCGACUCGAGGAACUGCAAGAUGCCACCAGCAUCCCUGGCUUGUGGCCACUGCUGGUGAACGCACAGGGUUGCAGCAAGUAUCGACCUGCUCGAGAUACCCUAGAGUCCAGUCGAGAUGACGCUGAAGAUGCCUUUGGGCCCUCCGCCUUCUCAUCAUCAGUAGCAGCAGCAACAACAACACCUUCCAGACAAGCUUACCCGACGCCUUCGCAGAUUCGCAGGGUGUCUGUUGCCUCGGCAGAGCUCGAAAACAACUCGCAAAUGAUUCGACCUCGGGCAGAUCUUGAUCUGUCACAAGCUGAACCCGCGAUUUAUAAACAGAGUGGAGAAAGUGCGGGCGGCAACUCCGCCGAAAAACCCAGCUCAGAGGGUGUCUCACCAGAUGUCGAAAAAUGCGACGGGGGCCUGGAGCUUCCACCCGCAAGUCGACAGAACAAAUACAGUCUGGGCGGAAUGGCCGAUUCGACUUACGAGUAUCUUCCCAAGGAGUAUCUUCUUCUCGGAGGGGUCAAUGACCAAUACAAGAAGAUGUACAAGAAAGCGAUGGACGCGGUUCGCAAGAACCUGCUCUUCAAGCCCAUGGUCAAAGGCAAGCAACACUUACGCUUUGUGGCGAGCACGGGUCCACUCGAUCCGACGAAGAAGAGAGAGCUCAUCUCGACCGAUCUGGACUACGAGACCAGUCAUCUAAGCUGUUACCUGGGCGGAAUGGUCGCCAUGGGCGCAAAGAUGUUCAGCAUUGACGGUGACUUGGAUCUGGCUGCCAAGCUUACCGACGGCUGUGUUUGGGCCUAUGAGGCUACCAACACCGGCAUCAUGCCGGAGCGAUUCCGUCUGCUCCCUUGCAGCAAGGAUAAGUCGUGCGAAUGGGACGAGAAGCUUUACCAGGCCGAGGUGAAUCGUUACUCGCGCGGUCUGGACAAGGGCGCUGAGACACGGUUCCGGAAUGGCGAAAGCAGCUACGGCCAGCGGGUGAAGCUGAACGAGGAUCUCAAGUCCAAGGAAGCCGCUGAGGGCGGGGCGGCGGUCCCAUUGCCCAUGCCUGGCUCUGCCAACCCGCAUGACCUGGACCCUUACAGGAAGCGUGACGCCGUCGGGGCUGGACGUGGUGCAGGUGCGGGUGCGCCUGUCGCCAAUGCAGGACCCCCGUCCAAUGCGGCACCAGGCGCCAACCGUGCUGCGCCUCGUCCGGCCUUUGUGUCGCAGUCCAAGAGCAAUGAGAUCCAUGACCGCUUACCAUCCGGCAUGACCAGCAUUCCUGCCCCGGAGUAUCUCCUGCGACCGGAGGCUAUCGAGUCUGUCUUUAUCAUGUACCGACUGACCGGGGACGAUGCCUGGCGGGAGAAGGGAUGGAAGAUGUUUGAGGCCAUUACCAAGCACACUCGCACGACCUUGGCGCAUGCCGGCAUCAAGGACGUCACAGCGUCCAAGCCUGCGCAAAAGGACUCGAUGGAAUCUUUCUGGACUGCCGAGACCCUCAAAUACUUCUAUCUCUUGUUCAAUCGCGCUCGCUGGGAAAUGGAGACCGAGACCUUGGAGCCCCAGCAGUUCUGGAAUGAACUCCAAGAGAUUGUCUCCAAGCCAUGCGACUCUGAAGAUCGGAUUGACGAUGCGCUCAGAGAGUAUCUGAGCUUGACGACUCAGUACAAAGGUGAGAGUGAGACCGUGCAUCUUUCACCGACUCUCCGCCUCCCGCUGCGCGCGGACAUGCGCCUCCGCAUCCACGCCCGACAAGCUGGUCGCACGGGAGAAGUGAUUGCAUCCCAUGUGUUGCUGUCUUAUGAAUUGCUCUCGACGGAAUACGACAUCUCCCGUUGCUCGUACAAGCUCUUCGAUUCGUCCAUCUUCGGAGCUCAUGCGGACUAUGUCCGUCGCCAGAUCAUCUAUUGUCUUUUACAGGAGGACGACCUGAAAACAUUACACUUUAUCGCAUCAUUUUUGCUCUUUGAUGGUCGGCAUAAUGAGGCCGCUCUACACAUGAUGAACGAGGAGGGCGUCUUUGGGCGCCUGCUCGAGUUGAUUCAAUCGCUCCGCAAUGAGGACACGGAGGAUGGGGCUGGUCUCCAUCGCCUGCUCAUGGACUUGCUGUAUGAGAUGUCGCGGAUUCAGAGGAUUCGGAUCGAGGACUUGGUCCUUGUGGACGACGACUUUAUCCGCUGUCUCUUUGACAUUAUUGAGGAUUUAUCAAACGACGUCACUGAUCCUUACCACUACCCUGUGAUUCGAGUGCUGCUGGUGCUCAACGAGCAAUUUAUGAUCUCAGCGCAUAAUCCGGCCGAGGAGCGUUCAUCCGCUCAAUUGACCAACAAGGUCAUCAAGGUGCUGUCGGCGUAUGGUAGCCUGUAUAAGACGUUUGGCGAGAACAUCAUUCUCCUCAUUAACCGCGAAGACGAGACGUCUCUGCAGUUGCUGACACUCAAGUUACUGUAUUUGAUAUUCACUACUCCCAGCACCUAUGAGUACUUCUUCACCAAUGACUUGCAUGUGCUGGUGGACAUUCUGAUCCGUAACUUGCUCGACCUGCCCGAAGAAGCCUCCGCACUGCGACACACGUAUCUUCGUGUACUUUACCCACUUCUAGCGCACACGCAACUACGGUUCCCACCGCAUUACAAGCGGGACGAGCUGAGGAAACUGUUACGGAUCCUGGGUCGAGGCCAGAUCUCUCAUGGAGUGGAGGCUGAGCAAGCGAAGAUCCUUCACUUUGAAGAAGUUGACGAGACCACUCGACGACUCGUCGCUCGAUGCGCCACGGUUGACUGGCUCUGUACCAUCGAAUCCCCCUCCACCGCCACCCCGGUGCUCGAAACGUGCGCUCCAACUAUAGUGCCCACUAGGAUUGAGACCGUUUUAGAGGAUGCAAGCCAGCAAGAAUCCCCGGUUGAGAUUGACCUGACUGAUGUUUCCCAUCCUCUCUCUCGAGCCAGCACCAGCCCCGACACAGCUGACUUGGUCCUCCCGACAAGGGUCGAUUCACUGGAAUCUCGCGAUUCCUCCAGCACCGUGGAAGCGCGACGCGGGUCCAACGCAAUGAGACGUUUGGGUAUGCACCUCGAGCCUGCAUCCUCAUCCACACUCAGCGUCCAGGCCGUGGCGACACAACACGAGAAACCCGGUGUCAUCACUCCCAGUCGCCAUGGCGGCCAAGACAUCGAUCUGGCUUCGGAUGUGCCUGUGCUGCGUCCUCCGAAGAUCAAGCCUGAACCACCAAAGAGUCGUCGCUCGCGAGGGCGUCGUCUCAUCAUUGACGAAGAGGAACGACCUUCGACCAGUGCUAGUAGCAGAGAUCGAAACAACAAUACCGCAGGCGACGAUAUGAGUCCUGCGUCUGGGCAUGAAUCGCCCGCUAAAUCCCUCCUUCACUCGGCCGCUACUACUGCAGCAGCUGCAAAUGCAACUCUUGCCCCAAGCCCCGGUACGAGCGAGAAGGCCUCCGAUCAGAGAGCCACUCCAACGACUGGCCCGACGCGCCGUUCAGCAUCCCACCCGCCUCCCGCUCUGCCCCCACCUCGCCGAUCCGCCCAAACGACUCCGUCAACCAGCCACCAUCGCGGCUCCGUCGCAUCAACACCUGCCGGUCUCAGUCCAGCCCCGGACUCUACGCCCCAGAGCAACUCACCCACCCCGGUGAACAAACAUGGGCAGAAGCCUGCACCACCCAAAGCCCGUCGCUGGGGUCGUAACAAGGCGCAACCACACGGGAGCGGAAACAGUAAUGGAAACGGACACGGACAUGGACACACCGAUUCCGUCGAAAGCGGAAUCAGCACUGGAUCUCAAGCGAAAGAAAGCGAUGCCGAGGCUGUAGCUUUGGCCGUGAGCACCACGCCGGCGAGUAGUGCGCACGCACAAGCCCACAAGGACCAAGGGAUGAUCUCGGACCCAUUCUCACCUACGAGUCCGACGGGUCCGAAUCCUACGCUGAUUGCAUCUGUCGAUGAGAACAAGGGGUCUACCGGACCGAUGAGUGUCGAGGAGGCGGUGCAAAAUGUAUCUUUGCAUUGA